AGACAGACGUUAGCAUUGUUUUUUUUUUUGGCGGACAGGGGCACUUCAUCAUGCGACGAGUUAGCACAUCUGCCUCAAAGUUCUGAGGACCGGGUUUCAAAUCCCAGCCCCGCCUCUAUGGAGUUUGCAUGUUCUCCUCGAGCCAGUGUGGGUUUUCUCCGGGCACUCCGGUUUCCUCCCACGUCCCCAAAACAUUCAUGGUAGGUUGAUUAAGGACUCUAAAUUGCCCGUAGGUGUGAAUGUGUGCGCGAAUGGUUGUUUGUUUAUAUGCUCCCUGCGAUUGGCUGGCAACCAGUUCAGGGUGUACCCCGGCUCUUGCCCGAAGAAAGCUGGGAUAGGCUCCAGCACGCUCGCGACCCUAGUGAGGAUAAGCUGAACGGAAGAUGAAUGAAUGUAAUAAUAUGACGAGACGAUUAUGCAUUUCUAUGGUUUCACAGUCAUAACGGCCCUAACCAUAACUACAAUGUGGCCCGUGAGUUUGACAUUAAAAGCAAUGCAUUCUUUUGUUGCAGAUGAUGCCUUCCUUGAUAGAAGAGAAGGAAGAGUGUCAUGUGACAUGUCAGACAUGCAAAAAAGGUUGAUAACAUUCCAUUCUGGCUUCCAUGUUGCACUCAAGCUGCUUCCUGACGAAGACGGCUGUUGUUAUCUCAAAGGGCAAAGUGUCACAGUCUCCUCUGAGACAUGACAAGUGAGCUGCAGAUUUCUUAACAAAAGUUUGGUAGCCUUUCGCACAUGAUGGCGUCCACGGUGUCACCUGUACCCCGUGCCAUUUUUGCCCCCUCUCCGCCCCCACUUCUGGACUUCGCUCUGGGUGCCUUGGCCUGCUGCGCGGCCUGUGUCUUCACCAACCCUUUAGAAGUGGUAAAGACCCGUCUGCAGCUUCAGGGAGAGCUGCGUGCGCGGGCCACCUACCAGAGGCACUACCGUGGGGUCUUGCAGGCCCUAUGGGUGGUGGGCCGUACAGACGGGCUCCGGGGUCUUCAGAAGGGGCUCUCUGUCGGUUUGAUCUACCAGGGGGUUAUGAACGGCGUGAGGCUGGGCUCCUAUUCUUACUGUGAAGCUCUGGGCAUCACGUCUUACCACGGAGGAAGUGUCCUAUCAGGGGCGGGGGCCGGGGCGCUUGGAGCAUUCAUUGCCUCUCCUGCCUAUCUGGUGAAGACACAUCUGCAGGCUCAAACAGUAGAAGCAAUAGCUGUGGGCCAUCAGCAUAACCAUGUGGGAGUGUCUGAUGCCUUUGUUACCAUCUAUAGAAAAGAGGGAUUCAUUGGACUCUGGAGGGGUGUGAAUGGGGCCGUGCCUCGCGUCACGGUUGGUUCAGCUACUCAACUGGCAAUCUUCACCUCGGCCAAGGAGUGGGUGUUACAUUCCCAGUGUUUUAGUCCCAGAGCCAACUGGGUUGUGGCUUUGAUAGCGGCCAGCAUCAGCGGAGUUGCUGUGGCGAUCACCAUGACACCCUUUGAUGUCAUCAGUACGCGGCUCUACAACCAGCCGGUGGAUGAGUUUCACAGGGGACGUCUCUACAACGGUUUUUCGGACUGUAUGCUGAAGGUCUGCCGAGCUGAAGGCCUGCUCGGUCUGUACAAAGGCAUGGGCCCAGUGUUUCUGCGCUUGGCUCCACACACAGUCCUCAGCAUGCUCUUCUGGGAUCUGAUGAGGCAACACGCUGUGAAAAACAGGCAGACCCAAGGGCAGGGCUGAAUCCACCCAAAUACACGCGACAAGCAUUGCAACAUUGUCUAGACAAUGAACUUGUAACUCAGAACAACUGUCAAAGGAAGGAAGGAUUAACAAAGAACUGCUUGACCAACAAUGAACUGUCAAACGCUUGAAGUGUUUUGUGGCCACUCUGAAUGUUAAUAAGUGAAUAGUAACACAGUUACAGCAAUCCCCAAGUUCUUCAUAUCCUGGCCAAAUUUUGUCUUU